AUGAAGCGUGAGGUAAGAACAUGGCAAGAACACCUGGCUCGUAUAAACGAGACUUCGCGCUUUGCUGCUCUGUGCUUCGACAAUACCGCUGUCUCCAUCCAUUUGAUUCAUCGUCAAACUUGGAACGAUCCUUCAACAUCGGAACCACCCAUUUCCUCUCAUCCCAUCCUUUUCUUCCUCCUGCAACAUCUGAGAGAUAGGCUACGGAAUCGUCUUCUGCGUAGCCGUAAUUUGCAGCCCUGUCCAUGUCUCUGCGACAUCUGAGAGAUGGCCACGGGUCCGAGCUCAAAUUUGUUUCUUUGCUGUACUGAGUUCAUGGAUUUCUUCACUGGCAAUGAUGCCAAGAGAGGGUCUGGAGAUAACAAUUUACUCGUCCUAUGCUUCGGUGAAAUGUUGAUCGACUUCGUUCCAACAGUUGGUGAGGUUUCCCUGGCCGAUGCACCUGCCUUUGAUAAAGCUCCUGGCGGUGCUCCAGCUAAUGUGGCUGUUGGCAUAUCAAAGCUAGGCGGCUCUUCAGCUUUUAUCGGAAAGGUUGGUGAUGAUGAGUUUGGGCGCAUGCUGGCUGACAUCUUGAAGCAAAACAAUGUCGACAAUUCCGGAAUGCGUUUUGACCAGAAUGCAAGAACCGGAUUGGCUUUUGUAACACUGAGAGCAGAUGGAGAGCGUGAAUUCUUGUUUUUCCGUCAUCCGAGUGCUGAUAUGCUUUUCCGUGAAUCAGAACUUGACGUAGGCCUUGUUGAGAAGGCAGCGAUAUUUCACUAUGGUUCUAUUAGUUUGAUUGAGGAGCCAUGCCGGUCAACUCAUAUUGCUGCGAUGAAAAUUGCCAAAAGGUCAGGUAGCCUACUCUCUUAUGACCCAAAUUUGAGAUUGCCCCUAUGGCCAUCAGCAGAGUUUGCUCGCACAGAGAUAAUGAGCAUAUGGGACCAAGCUGAUAUAAUUAAGAUAAGUGAAGAAGAAAUUACAUUCCUGACAGGAGGCGAUGAUCAUAAUGAUGAUAAUGUGGUGUUAGAGAAGCUCUUUCAUCCUAAUCUUAAGCUUCUUUUGGUAACUGAAGGCUCUGAGGGCUGCAGAUAUUUCACUAAGGACUUCAAAGGCAGAGUGGGUGGUGUCACGGUUAAGCCUGUGGACACAACUGGUGCAGGAGAUGCAUUUGUAGGUGGAUUGCUGUACUGCUUAGCUUCUGACCUCAACCUAUACAAGGAUGAGAAGAGAUUGAGAGAAGCUCUAUACUUUGCAAAUGUCUGUGGUGCCAUCACCGUGACGGAAAGAGGAGCGAUUCCUGCACUACCGACGAAAGAGGCUGUUCUGGAAUUCCAAGCUCAAGGCGCUUCGUGAUGGCACGGAGAUAAAAGUUGAACUUGCUUAUUUUCAAAUCUCGUUCCCAGCUUGUGUAAUGCAAGUUUUACUCUAUGAGGUAAAAGUAAAAUCCCACCGGGCAUUUCACUUCUCUGA